UCGCUUGUGCUUCUAGUUUGUUUGUGUUUAGUUGUUUUGAAUCAACUUUUAGUUUGCUUUGGAUCACUGAUUUAAUUUUCUUUAGUCCAGACCGAUGAAACUUGUUGAUUUCGAAUAAUUUUGUCUUUCUUGAUUCCAUCCGGGUGUUUGCCUGUCGAUUAAACUUCAAUAACGGUUAUGUGAUUAGUUCUUCAAAUGUCCCCAACAUCUGCACCUGUAAAGAGAUCUUCGAAAAUUAAUCAUUCAAAUGGAACAAUCCAUAGUGACGAAUCUGAUGAUGGCGACGAUACUUCCAGUGUUGGGAGUAAUUCAACCACUGAUAAUAAUUCAAGGUGUACCACACCUACUGACCGCUUAAGGAGGAAAAGUCUUAAGGGACGCAAGAAAGUUGUACAGCCGAAAAUUCCAAUGAAGAAUCAAUUCAAAUACUCGUGUAGUGUGAAAGAAAACCAUGGUAUGCCACUUUUUGGGGCUCAGUUCAACCAUCUAUUGAAAGACGGACAGCCUUUAAUCUUUGCGUCUGUUGGCAGUAAUCGGGUCUCUGUUUAUGAGUGCCCUAAAGAAGGAGGGAUUAAACUUCUUCAAUGCUAUGCUGACCCUGAUUCUGAGGAAAACUUCUAUACAUGUGCCUGGUCUUAUGAUGUAGAUUCUGGAAAACCAUUGUUAGCAGUUUCAGGUGCCAGAGGUAUUAUUCGACUGUUCAAUCCCUCAACAAUGUCCUGUAUACGUCACUAUGUGGGCCAUGGACAUGCAAUCAAUGAAUUGAAAUUUCAUCCAAGAGAUCCUAAUUUACUCUUGUCUGUGUCUAAAGACCAUGCUUUACGACUUUGGAAUAUUAAGACUGAUGUUUGUAUUGCUAUUUUUGGAGGAGUAGAAGGUCAUCGAGAUGAAGUUUUAAGUGGGGAUUUCAACAUGCGAGGAGACAAAAUUCUCUCUUGUGGAAUGGAUCAUUCAUUAAAAUUGUGGCGCUUGGAUAAAGAAGAAAUGCAAGAAGCCAUUCGCAACUCUUACACUUUCAACCCUGCCCGCAGCACCCGUCCAUUUGAUUCUCUUAAUGAACAUUUUCCUGAUUUUUCAACCAGAGACAUCCACCGAAAUUAUGUGGAUUGUGUUCGUUGGCUGGGAGAUUUUGUCCUAUCAAAGUCCUGUGAAAACAGCAUUGUCUGCUGGAAACCUGGUCGUCUUGAAGAUAAGGAGUGUCGACCGAAUGAUUCUAAUGUAACAAUCAUUCAUCGCUUUGAUUACAAAGAAUGUGAAAUUUGGUUUGUAAGAUUUGCAAUGGACUUCUGGCAAAAAACUCUUGCCCUGGGUAACAUGGUUGGUCGAACUUUUGUCUGGGAUCUAGAUGUGCCAGAUCCAUCUCAGGCCAAGUGUCUAACUUUAUCACACCCACAGUGUAAUACAGCUAUACGACAAACAAGUUUAAGUCGUGAUGGAUCAGUGUUACUGUGUGUCUGUGAUGAUGGAACUAUUUGGAGAUGGGAUAGACUGAAGAACGAAUGAACAAGAGGUCACUGUUAUAGAGCUUUAUUUUUUUAAAACAAAAGUGACUUCGUUCCUCUCUUUCUCCUUAAAUCUAAAGAACACUGAAAGCUGAAUUUAAUUACUAACAAUUGAUAAUCAUUUUUGAAACCAAAGUGACUUCUUGGAUUUUUUAAUUUUCUUGCACCAAUCACAACCAUUUAUCAUGUCUCCCUCUCCUCUACAAAAGAAAUAAAGAGACAUUUUGUGCAGACAAA